CGAGAAAGAACGUGUAUGUAAUGAUGCAGUGGCGGACCGGCGACUACACGUUGCGGCUGCCUGUCUGGCUGAAAGAUGCGAUGUGCGGGCGAGUCUGGUGAAUGCGAACGACAUUUCUGGAUGUACCGUCCUAAUUGUCUUCGUCCAAACCGGCAGCGACGGAAUUGCCUGUCACUCACUCUCCGACGUACCCGUUAGGAAGGUGCUUGGUCAUGUUUUCCCGCGCGUCAUCCCGUGCCGCCAAUUUUUUGCUGCCCACAACCGCCGCGCGCCGCUCCUGUCUCCGACGCAUACGUCCUCCACCCCACUCUCCUCCUCGCCGACCGUCAUGUCCUCGAACGAAUCGUCCAGCAACACUUUCUCUCCUCAGCAGCAGGAUGCCGCCGAGUACCUUCGUUCGGCUUCCUUUUCUCGUGACAGUUCGCCCCCUGUGGAGACGGCUGUAACUGCGAAUGAUUUGCUCAUGGGCGCAUACGAUCCCGCGAAGCUGCACCCCAUGGCUCAGCUCGGGGAUCAACUCGACUACCUCGUUCUUGACGACGACAAAGUAAACGACCUUCCCGGAGCAGACACCGCUAUUCCUUCGCGAGGCUGGUCGGACGAUUUGUGUUAUGGCACUGGUACAAUGUACCUCGGAGGCUUGGCUUUAGGUGGCGCAUGGGGCGUUAGCGAAGGAGCACGACGCCCACUGGCGGUGUCGAACGCCCGGCUUCGGCUAAACAGCGUCCUAAACGCUGUCACGCGGCGAGGGACAUUCAUAGGGAACUCUGCUGGUGUGCUCGCUCUGGUAUACAACGGAGUGAACUCGUCGAUCGACGCGUGGCGAGGAAAACAUGACACAGCCGGGAGUAUGGCGGCGGGAGCGGUCACGGGCGCGUUGUUCAAGUCGACAGCCGGGGUGAAGCCCGCGUUUGUUGCGGCUACGGUUGUAUCUGGGAUGGCGGGACUUUGGAGCUAUGUUAAGAAGAGCGUCUAAGGGGCGGUAAUUGGCUGGAUAUCGAUAGACUAGACUAGCUGGGACAGAUUCGACGGAUUCGAAUUGAGUGACCACAUUUACGGAUACAUAGUUGC